ACUAACAUGGACUAAUCUGGAAGCAGCUGCUCCAGUGUCACCCAGGGUGCAGCCACCCCAGGCUCUGCUGAAGGGGUUUUCUUUCAAAUACAACACCUUCACAUCUUUUUUAAUGCUACUUUAGUGCACUGCCAUUACAGAUAAGCAGUACAUGGUGGAAAAUUCUACUUUCAAGAGGAUUGACUUGACUUGCUCUCUUCAUACGAGGCCAGUCUCAAACAAGACAACAUGAAAGAAUGUGCGAUCCUAGUGUUCUUGGCUUUGUGCUCUGCCAAGCCCUCUUUUCCUCCUUCAUACAUGACGCUGAAGAAUAUGAUGCUGCAGGACAUGGAAGAUGCAGAUGAUGGUGAUAUGGACGCUGACAACUCACUUUUUCCAACAAGAGAACCAGUUAACCCUUUCUUCCCAUUUGAUCUGUUUCAAAUGUGUCCAUUUGGAUGUCAAUGCUACUCAAGAGUUGUACACUGCUCAGAUCUAGGUUUGUCCUCUGUUCCAAACAACAUUCCAUUUGAUACUCGCAUGAUUGACCUUCAAAAUAAUAAAAUCAAGGAAAUCAAAGAAAAUGACUUUAAAGGACUCACAUCACUUUAUGGUUUGAUUCUGAAUAACAACAAGCUAACAAAGAUUCACCCCAAAGCCUUUGUUACUACAAAGAAGCUGCGAAGACUGUAUUUGUCCCACAAUCAACUCAGUGAAAUACCACUUAACCUUCCAAAAUCUUUAGCAGAACUCAGAAUUCAUGAUAAUAAAGUUAAGAAAAUACAAAAGGAGACCUUUAAAGGAAUGAAUGCCUUACAUGUUCUGGAAAUGAGUGCAAACCCUCUUGAUAAUAAUGGCAUUGAACCGGGGGCAUUUGAAGGGCUGACAGUAUUUCACAUCAGAAUUGCAGAAGCAAAACUGACCUCAAUUCCUAAAGGACUACCAACAACUUUACUGGAGCUUCAUUUGGAUUAUAAUAAAAUUUCAACUGUGGAACUUGAGGACUUUAAGCGAUACAAGGAUCUGCAAAGGUUGGGCUUAGGAAACAACAGAAUCACAGAAAUUGAAAAUGGAAGUCUUGCUAACAUACCACGCAUACGGGAAAUACACUUGGAAAACAAUAAACUGAAGAAAAUCCCUUCAGGAUUACAGGAGUUGAAGUAUCUCCAGAUAAUUUUCCUGCAUUCUAAUUCAAUUGCGAAGGUGGGAGUGAAUGACUUCUGCCCAACAGUGCCAAAGAUGAAGAAAUCUUUAUACAGUGCAAUAAGUUUAUUCAACAACCCAGUGAAGUACUGGGAAAUGCAACCUGCAACAUUUCGUUGUGUUUUGAACAGAAUGAGUGUUCAACUUGGUAACUUCAGAAAGUAAUACUUAGCAAUAGUUAUAUCCAUUUAAUAUAAAAUUUAGGAAUUAUUACAUUUUGAAUACUUGAAGUGUAUUAAUAAUGGUGGUAUGGUACACAUAAGCAAAAAUCUAUUCCUGUGUAAGUCCACUGACUUAGUUCAUGACAAAAAAUUUCAGAAUUUUGCAAAACUAUUAAUAUGAGUAAGAGAAACAAGCAUGUACUGCAGUUUCUUUUUUGCAUACAAGUGUUUUUGCAUAAACCUCAUGCUUGGACAUUCUUUCUCAGAAACAAAAAAUAAGACAUUCAAUAUUUAAUUUGAUAACUUUAUGAAGUGCAUCAAAAAAAGAACUGUACUGUAAAACUGACUUAGCAAAAUUUGUGUUCUUUUCAUUGUUAGAAAACCAAAAUUGACAAGGAUGGUUAUAUUAUUCUUAUCCUUUUAUUAACAACUUGGGUGGUACUGUAAUAUUUCUCAUAAUGUUUAAGUAUGGUUUGGUAUCUUUAAUUACAUUCUCAUGUGUUAGAGCCUUAUUGCUUUUAUGUUUAAAACUAACUCCUUAUAAUAAAGGCUUUAGUGGUGUUUAUUAUCACUUUGAUAGAUGCUAUUCAUAAAAGCUUGUUUGGGAGCUAUAGUACAUGCUUUUCUUUUUAAUUACUACUACCUGAUUAUGAAACUUCUAUAAAGUUUUGUAGUAAGUGCUUAUGUAAAAUCAAUUAACUCAAAAGUUUUAUUAUCACAGUUCUUAUCAGCUUUUAACAUUAAUUCAAUUGUUAGGUUAUAUAACAUGGUUGCCUCAGUGCUAAGGAAUAUUUUUGAGAUGUCCUUUUGGAAGACCUUGGUUAGAAAAGCCUGAAUGCUAUAAAUUCUAUACCAAAUUAUCUCUUCAGAUAUACAAACUGGAAAACUCUGAAAGUCUCAUCUGUUAUAACUGAAUAAGAGAGCCUUAAAUAAAACACAUAGAAAAUAAAAACUCUUAGGACAGUGUAUGUAAUUUUCAUUGACAUUCAAAACAACAUAAAUUAAGUAAUAUAAGAAAACAAGGGAAAUAUUGGCAAACUUUUAAAAUAAAAUAUUUGUAUGUUUUAUAAGUAUUUGUUACUUUGUUAUAGUAACUUAUAAUAACUGUUAUAAUAAGUUAGUAACAUAACUGUUAUAAUAAGUUACUUUGUUUUGCAAAAUUGUAGGAGCACGAUGGAAAUAUAAUUAAUAUAAUAAAGUUUAACCACUAGUAGUAAGAGAACAGAAAGAGCAUAGAAAUGCAGAAAUUCAAUCGAAAGAAGUAACCAGAAUCCAGUUCCUCUGAUAGCCUAGUAAAUCUCUUCUCUCCGAACGUGUCUUUUCCUCUGUAUAGUGUGAAGGUAACCAUAUGAAUGAAUAAAAUUGCUAUGAGGACAGAAGGAUAUAAAUGUAUGUGAAAAUGCUUUGUAAACAAUAAAGGUUCAUGUUUGAGUGAAACUACUCUGGACAACUAUUGAAUGAUGACAAAAAUUAAGUCUUUAAAAAUAAAGAAUAAGAGUUUUAAGAAGUAAAAUACUCUUUUCUACAAAACAACUUAAAGCUAAAAUUGUGAUAUUAUUGUGCUUAUAACAACGUAAGUAGAACCAAGUGCUUCCUGAAAUUGAAAGAUCCAGAUCUUGAAAUUAAUAAUUUAAUUCACAAGGUUAAUGCUAAAGUUAGAAUACUUGAGAAACAGAUUAUGAUCUGAAUAGUAGACUUAAAGUAGCUUUUUUUCUAAAAAGACAAAGCAAAAAUUUUUGGGUGCUGGAAAUCAUUCUUGAAAUCACUGUAACUAAUUUCCUGUAGUUAAUCUUUUUGUUUUUCAUCUCUCAGUUAUUGUUUUUUAAUUACAAGUCUGCAAAAAAGAAAUCACUAAUAAGAAUCACAAACAACCAAAACUGUAUUAAAGUGUUCUGCCACAAACCCAUUUUAUAAUAAAUACAAAUAUUAACCCAUUUGCAAUCCAUUAAAGUCAGAAAUAAUAAAUUACUACAACUCACUGGGUUUAUUAAGGUCUUCCAGGCAGUAUAAUAUCUCAAUGGCAAUCUAUCCUUAUUUCUUCUGAAAUAAUAAAAAAUGAAUACUGGAUUCAUGAAACAUGUAUGAUACUUUUAGAAAAUCACUUGAAGCCACUCAUUCUAAAGAUUGAAAAAUCUUAAUCCUUAAUCUUAAUCCUUUUUAAUCUUUUGCAUUAUUUCUUUCAUCCUUUCUAAAAAGACUUGUCUUACCUAAUCUGUACUUACCUGUCUAAUGAUAGAAACUUAAUCUUACUUCCCCAAAGUCAUACUGUAUAAAUAAUUUUAA